GCAUUCUUCCUUCUCCGCCUCAUACCUCCUACUCCUGACGACCCCCGAAUCGUACCGAUACUCAGUCGCGGCACGAUCGAUUUCCACUCCACCGACAGCACACUCGCCGACUGCUCUACGCGAACAAAACACGACUGAGCGCUUCGAAUCGCUCGACAAGUCUACUCUACCGAUCUCCUGACCCCGACCGACACCGCGCAACUGGGUCCUUGGCCGGAUAGCCACCGCCGUAUCGAUUUCGCGAAGUAGUGCUACAUCUACCUAUCGAGCACUUUGAAAGAUGUCCCAGUAUCUACGGUUACCGACACCGAAGAAAUUUCUCGGCUUCUUCGACCUCCAGCAUGGCGCCCAAGUCGUUCUCAUGAGCGUGCUGAUAAAUAAGUGCUCCGGGGUUGUCGGAGUGCUGGCAAUACUCAGCGGUGCACAAAUUUCCGUGGUACAAUUGUCCAUGUACGUCUACUCGCUCAGCCUGUUCGGCUUCCUCUGCUACCUCACGCCGAGCAUCCGUAAGCGCUCGCCACUCGCCGCGCUCUCGUUCGCCUACAUCUACCUCCUCGACUCGGUAAUAAACAUAGCGUACACGAUACUCUUCGCGGUGUCGUGGUUCCUCGUGCUCGCGGCCAAGCACGCAACAUCGCCUGCAGUAGUCGCAUCUGCUGCGAACACGAUCGACAAAACCGCCGGCUUCACGUCACCCGCGCUCAACGUUUCCGCCGUCAACGUGGUCGUCACACCUGCCGACACGCUAAUGGGCGGGCAAAACGCGGUGGCAGUCGGCACACCCGCGGAUGCGGCAGCCACUGGCAUUGGUGCUGGCGUGCUGCAGCCGGAAUCCGCUACUAGCAUCUUCAUCAUUGCUAUCUUCUGGACCAUCCGGCUCUAUUUCGUGGUCAUCAUCUUUGCGUGGGCCCGACACGUCGUGCGGACUAGUGCCACGCCGUCCGAGGAGCCCUUCGAGGGGAGGAAUAAUGGCGAGGGGUGGCAGGGGCGCCUCGGCAGGGCGCUGAUUGGUGUUGGGAAGAGCUACUGGCAGGGAGAUGGGUGGGCUCCCCUCGGCGGAAACAAGUUUCGUCGCAGCACGGAGCCCAGCGAUGGACGAAGAUUUAGGAGGGAGAGAAUCACCGUCGAGGUAUAGAGGGAUCACAUAUCUCGAAACGGGAGGGGGGGGGCAACCUUUAGUUUUGGGGCGGACGGGGUCCAGGCGGACGAGAGUGAUGGGUAGUGGGGUGGAGCCGGACAGCGUCCGUGCGAGUGCGGGGAGAUUGGGUUUUUUUUUCGGUGUG